AUGGAUUCCAUAAAGGAGUAUCUGAACGACAGUGGUGCAGUCACCGUGAAAACGACGGAGAACUCCCUGGAGAAGCACACCAUAAUCGAGGGUGGUCACGUCAUGACGACAGUGCACGAGACGGAACGCGUCGACGGGGAGAUCGUCAAGGAUGACAUUGUUCAGGUUAAAUCCACCAAUGAGGCCGAACCUUCUGCGAUUUCUGGACAAGCCUAG